AUGUCCACCAACCCCCACGAUCUCAGCAACCCUAAUCGACAGGGACAGUAUCCACCACCUCAGUGGAACACUAGUCAACCCGAGGACAACCCUCCGGCGCACUAUCCGCCAGCUUCUCAAUACCCGUAUCCCCCGGCUUCCUACCCUCCUCCGUCGGCCGAUCACCAAUAUCCGCAUCCCCCGCCGCAGUAUCCAAACAUGGCUGCUAUCCAUCCCCACGUCCAGGGCCCGCAAGACCCAUACCGUCUUCCUCCUCCGCCGUCUGGUCCUUAUCGUCCAGAUGUCUAUGCACAGCCGCCCCCACCACAACCUCAGGUAGUCUAUCAAGCUGCCGCCCCGCGUCAGCGGACUGCCAUUGCUUGCCGUUAUUGUCGGAGACGGAAGAUUCGUUGUUCGGGAUUUGAAAGCUCUCAGGAUGGGCGCUGCAGCAACUGUAUCCGGUUCAACCAAGAGUGCAUGUUCACCCCUGUCUCAUCGCAGGCGCAAGCCUUCGUCCCCGCCCAUGCUGCGUAUCCACACCUGCGCAAUCCGCAAAACCAGAGAGCUGGCGGCCCUCCCGUCAUGCUAUAUGGAGCGCAUGGACAGCCGCUCCCGCCUCAACAGCAACCUCAGGCCGACCCGACUCUUCCACCACCGCAAGGAAUGUACAAUUAUCCGGGUGCCGCUCCCCCCCUUGCAUCAACCAAUGCGCCGGAACACAGACCUGGUGGCCGUCGAGGCUCUGGCUCCGGUUACGACUAUCCUGAUCCCACAAACUUGGCUCCAGUAAUACCUUCAACAUCAGCAUCGGGAUAUCAAACGCACAAUGCUCCCAGUCCCUACUACCCCCCUCCGCAGCAUGAUCGCCGCUCUUCUCCACAAAGUUACCCCUACGAUGGCCGCCAUACGUCUUCGCCCCACGGUUCGCCCUACCCUCCCAUGCAUUCCGCUCAGGGCGCAAUGACCCCUCCGCCCACUUCCACGCCGGGUGGUUCGACUCGUGGAGGACUCAAUGUGCGUGACAUGCUGAACCCAGGCGACAGCCAGGGUCGCUCCAGCACCGAUAGUGAUAUGCUCAACGCAUUGAACCGUCGGGGCCUGAACCAAUAA